GAUGGAGGGACCCUGGUGUCCUGCCUGGGAUGUGGGAGGAUUCUGAGGGUGAGGACUGGAAGGUGAUUGAAUCAUGGAAUUGGUUGAGGAAGGAGCGACUCUUGAAGGUCAUCAAGUCCCUGCAAUGUGCUGGGACACCUUCAACUCAGUGUGGCCCAACCUCACCUCAGAUGUUUCCAGGGAUGGGGCACAUCCAGUUCUGGGCUCCUCAGGACAGAAGAGACAUAGCCUGAAAGUGUCCUGGAAGAUCAGGCGGCUGGCACACCUCACUUACGAGGGAGAGCUGAGGGAGCUGGGCCUGUUCAGCCUGCAGAAGAGCAGCCUGAGGAGGAGAUCUAAUUCUCAAAUACAUCAAUGGGAACGGGAUGUGAGAGCAGAUGGGAUGGAGCCAGGCUCUUCUCAGGGGUGCUGAGCAAUAGAACGAGAGGCAAGGGCAGAAACAGGAGCAAGGGAAGUUACACCUGAACAUGAGAAAGAACUACUUUACCAUGCACCGGAACAGGCUGCCCCAAAAGGUGGGAGAUCCCUGGAGAUAUUCAGCUAUCCAGGCGCAGUUCUCAGUGCUCUAGAGGACACUGCUUGAGCAGGGGGCUGGACUAGAUGACCUCCCAUUCCCACCAUUUCUGUGAUCUCCCACCCCUCGGGGCAGCACAUUGAUCGGGGGGCAGCGCUGCCCGCACUCACCUCUCUCUGUCUCUGCUCCCACCGCCGCACGAACCCAGCUCUCCCGUCUCCUGCAGCCGCGCAGACCUUGCCCCGUCCGCCCGCCCGUCCGUCGGUCCGUCCCGCCGGGGCGGGGAUGCCGGAGCGGGGCGGGGAUGCGGGGCGGGGCUGCCCGGGCCGGGGCUGCCCGGAGCGGCGGCGGCGGGAUGGGCUGGGUGCUGCUUGUUGUGGGGGUGCUGCUGGCGCUGUACACGCUGCUCCGGUACGGGCUGAGCGGCGCCCCGCGGCCCCGCUGCCGCCCCGAGCUGCGCGGCCGCACCGCCAUCGUCACCGGGGGAAGCAGCGGCAUCGGCGCGGCCACGGCGCUGGAGCUCGCCCGCUGCGGGGCCCGCGUUAUCCUGGCGACCCGCAGCGCCCGGCGGGGAGAGGCCGCCGCCAGCCGCAUCCGCAGGGAGACAGGGAACAACGAGGUGCAGUUCAUGCACCUGGACCUGGCCAGCCUGCGCUCAGUGAGAGCCUUUGCCAGCACCUUCCUGCGCCAGGAGCCCAGGCUGCACAUCCUCAUCAACAACGCGGGGGUGAGCGCCGGGGGCACGACAGAGGAUGGCUUCAGCCUGCCCUUCCAGGUGAACCACCUGGGCCAUUUCCUGCUGACCCAGCUGCUGCUGGAGCGGCUUCGGAGCUGCGCUCCCAGCCGGGUGGUCAUCGUGGCCUCCAGUGCCCACUGCGCCGGCCGCCUGCGCCCCGAGUCGCUGGGCCGGCCGCCCUCGGGGCUGUUCUCCACCUUCCAGGACUACUGUGACAGCAAACUGGCCAACGUGCUGCACGCCCGCGAGCUGGCCACGCGCGAGCAGGGCACGCAGGUCACCUGCUACGCCGUGCACCCAGGGUUCGUCAACACCUCGCUGUUCCGGCACGCGCCGUUGUGGCUGAAGCUGCUGCUGCUGCCCCUGGCCUGGCUGCUGUUCCUGGACGCGUCCGAGGGCGCGCAGGUGGUGCUGGACUGUGCCACGCAGGACGGCCUCGAGCCCCUCAGCGGCCGCUACCUCACCGACUGCGGGCCCCGGCUGCCGUGGCCAGCGGGGCGCGAUGACCGCCUGGCACGGGCGCUCUGGGAGGGCAGCGAGCGCCUGGUGGGGCUGGGGGCGGCGGGGGGACACCGGGAGGGACACCGGGAGGGACACCGGGAGGGACACCGGGAGGGACUCGCUGCUCCCACAGCACAAUAAAGGUGAUGGUGGUGACGAGGGAGCGCGGGGGGUGCUGUGUGGGUGUGGAAUGGGGCUGAGCGAGGGGCACCGGCCCUUGCACACCCAGCACGUGCAGCAGAGCUGGGAGGGUGACAGUGAGCGAGUGUGCAAGGGGAUGUGUGUGCAGAGCAGCACAUCUGGCUCUGCACACACACUGCAGGACUCACACCCAUGCAGUGUCACACACACACACACCCCUUGCA